GACAACGUAAUCAAUUAAUAGGCGAUUUAAAAUGCUAGUAAAAGUGGAAAUCGAAAAUUUGGCUGCUCUCAAAAGAAAUAUCUUCUUCCUCCCAAAACCAUUUCAACAAUCACCGGAUAAAUGAUUCCGGUGUCUCCAUUUCAUCCUUAAUUUCCAUUAAUUUCACGUAUGGAUUCCGUUCAAAUUCCCCACUCUCACACUCAGUCCACUAAGAAAAGUUUAAAAUAUAUACUGUUUCGGUUGAUUUUAGCCCUCGUUUUUCCAAUCUUUCUUUUCUUUUUCUUGUCUUUCUCGAUCGGCCUCGUCGUAAUUUUUUUGGGGGAAUUGUCGGCUUCCAGUUCCAUUUUUGUUCAGUCUCAGUGCAAGAUAGUCUCUAGUGGCGUUGAUAUAAGGUCAUCUAAGGUUUGUGAGCUUGGAGUGUUGAAUUAUAAAGCGAAGCGUGUGUUUUACCCUUUUGAAAGGAGUAAAUUUCGAUGUCGGUAUGAUUAUUACUGGGCUUCUGUGUUCAAGGUGGAAUAUAUUGAUCACUCUGGGGGUCAAGUAAGAUUUGCUUUGGCAGAGGCUCCGAAUGAGGCUCUUCCACUUAAUUGCAGGCCAAAUUUUGGUGCUGCAUGGUUGACCAAAGAUAAGUUUAAGGUAAAUGAGACUUAUGACUGCUGGUAUACAUCUGACAUUUCCAAGGUGAGCUUAUAUCGUGAUGGUUUCUUCAGUUGCCAGGAAAAAGAACCAUCUGCAAUUGAGAUGUUUAGACGAUAUUCUAUCCUGUCCACAAAGAUCAUACAACUUUGGUUUACUCACAACAGAAAAGCCAAGUAUUGGAGGUGGGAGACAAUAAUUGGUGUUUUUUCCGGUUUCUUAACUCCGUUGAUCACCAUCAGCAUUGUUAGAAUUCUACAAAAUAUUAAAUCUUGGAUGCUAGCUCAGGCCUUUUAUACUGUCUUCUUUAAGCGUGCUUGUUUUCUUGUAGUAUACUUGCUAGUAAUGGGCUGGUUGGCCAUCUGUUACGGAAAAUGGCUUGGUCUUCUAUAGGUUUAAUUUCCUAGGGAGCAUUCUCUUUUACUAGUGCUUCUAACUCUUCCUCCUGCCGAAGGCCAGAGUACUGCAGAUUCAAAAGGUUGCAGUAUGUAACAUUCCUUGUGCAACAUACUUUGGUUAAAUACCUAGACUAAAUGAAGAAAAUGUAGCUGAGAUGAAAAGGGAAAUCUGUGUAUACGAGAUUUGUGUUAUGAAACAGCCAAUGUAAUAUAAGAUACAUUACAAUUAAGCAUUUGAUAAGUUGAGAGUUGACAA